AUGGCGCUGCGCGGGGUUUGCGUCGUGGAGCUGGCCGGCCUGGCCCCGGGCCCGCUGUGCGGCAUGAUCCUGUCGGACUUCGGGGCGCAGGUGUUACGUGUGGACCGUCCCGGCAGCGCCGGCGACGUGAGCCACUUGGCUCGGGGCAAGCGCUCGCUGAUCUUGGACCUGAAGCGGCCGCAGGGCACGGAAGUGCUGCGGCGUCUGUGCUCCCGGGCUGACGUGCUGCUGGAGCCCUUCCGCUGUGGUGUCAUGGAGAAACUCCAGCUCGGCCCAGAGGUUCUCUUGCGGGACAAUCCGAAGCUCAUCUAUGCCAGGCUGAGUGGGUUUGGCCAGUCAGGCAGGCUCUCCACAGCAGCAGGGCAUGACAUCAACUACUUGGCUCUGUCGGGUGUUCUGUCGAAAAUUGGCAGUGGCGAGCAACUGUAUGCCCCUCUGAACCUCCUGGCUGACUUCGGUGGUGGUGGCCUCAUGUGCACCCUGGGCAUCCUGUUGGCCCUGUUUGAACGCACCCGCUCAGGCAAAGGCCAGGUCAUCGAUGCCAACAUGGUGGAAGGAACAGCAUACCUAAGUUCUUUUCUGUGGAAAACUCACAAAGCGGGACUGUGGGAUCGGCCACGAGGCCAGAACCUGUUAGAUGGCGGAGCUCCUUUCUACACAACUUACAGGACAGCAGAUGGGCAGUUCAUGGCUGUUGGAGCAAUAGAGCCCCAGUUCUAUGAGUUGCUGAUUAAAGGUGAGUAG